AUACCUCAUCAUUACAAGGUGGUGUGGAGAACACUGUGGUCUUGCAUACCAGGCUUGUAGUCAUCAGGAAACAGACAUCGUUGUCCACUAUGAUAUCUUUCAUCCUUUUGCUGAUAAGUCUGGCAAACGCAGCCUUGGCGAAGGUUAGCGUAGGCUUCAAUGACUGCCGUGGCUUCUUCUAUGCCAGCACUCCUCCACAAGGGUUUGAAAGCAUCUCCAGCCAGAUGACACCCAUCUGUCAGAUGUACGAGGGCUACAACAAUCCCUUCUUUGCUUCACUGUAUCACAAACAGAAUAGAUAUGGCUUAUAUUCUGCAUACAUCUUGGCAACCCGUCCAGGGGAUGUUGUUGGAGCGGAUCAGACAUUUAGACUAGAGCCACAGCUGGUGGACACCAGACUUCCUAGUACAAUAAUGCUUCAGCCUGCGACUGAAACUGCCAUUCGCAACUUGGGCCUCUCUGGUGUCGCUGGUGAUUUAAUUCGAAAUGUUCAGGCUGUGAACUCUGACUACACAGGAAGCAACUAUCACAAAGGACACCUGAACCCAAAUGCAGACCAUCCUGAUGGACCAGCGCAAAAAGUCACCUACACCUUGACCAAUGUGGCCCCAAUGUAUGGUGCAUUGAAUAGUGGAGCCUGGAGGAACAAUGAGAUGAGAGUGAGGAACAUUGCCGCUAGCUGUAGCAAGAUGCACGUCAUUACAGGAGUGGUGCCUGGAAAUAACUGGAUCUCUGUCAAUGGAGUCCAAAGAAUCAACAUCCCCAGCCACGUCUGGAGUGCAUAUUGCUGCCUGGACAACAACAGUAGACCAAUCAAAGCAGAGGGAAGUUUGGCCUCAAACAGUGUUAAUUCAGUCACAACAGGGCUCAGCAUUUCUAAUCUGCAAAACCAACUGAGAUCCCUGAUAGGAGUCUCCACUAUUACAUUAUUUCAAAAUAACUGUGCAUAAAAUGUAAAAAAGGCGAAUCAAUAAAAUGGGGAUGAUAAUCUAA